AUGGCGCGCCUCGGCCCGUGGCUCGGCGAGGCGCAGUGGCCGGCGCUGGUCGCGCUCUUCCUCGCCGCGCUGGGCACCGUGGGGCUGUACCUGGCGCAGUGGGCGCGCGCGCGGGCGAGGCCCCGGGAGCCGCGGGAGCCGGGCGCGGGCCGCGGCCCCGACGCCGACGCGCUGCUCGCCUGGGUCCUGACGCGGCGCGGCUGGCGGGGCCGCUGGCUGGACGCCUGGGCGGCCGCCCUGAGCCGGGAGGCCCGGCGCCGCGGGGGCCCGCUGCUCCUCUCCUUCCCGGAGGACCCCCUGCAGCAGCCCCUGGAGCUGGCGGUGCAGCGCGUGUCCACCACGGCCAGGUCGGCCCAGGAGAAGGUGGUGACUUGCCACGUGGUCGGGGACACCCUCCAGUUCACAGUCAGCACGGGGCCAGCCCCCCAGGACCCUGGAGCCCGGCUGUAUGACGUGCGGCUCUCCCCUUUCCAUUUACAGCUGGAGCUGCACCUGAAGGAGCAGCAAGAGGACAUCCCCAUCACGUGGUCCUUCAUCAGCGGCCCGGAAAUGGCCAUCACAGUCCAGCCCAGGGCCCAGGGCGAGGCCCAGGCGGCAGAGGCCAACGCCGUGUCUGAAACGCUGAAGGACCUUCUGAAGCACCUGGUGACUUGCUCCUGCCCGUCGGUAGUGCUGAGCACCAGGCCUGUGAGUGCCAGGGAGGCUCAAGAUCUGCAGCGCCCUCCAUCUGCUUCUCAGGAACCCUGCCCCCCCAAACCCCCACGGGCUCACGAGCUCAAAUUACUGGUGAAGAACAUCCGAGCGUCCUUGCUAAACGCUCCUGGUGCUUCAGGCAACUCUAACCUGCUGUGCGUAGUUCGGCUGAACGACCCUGUUCAGAAGUUCUCCGGCGCCCUCCUGAAAAACACUACCAACCUCGUUUGGGAAGAGGAAUUCAGCUUUGAUUUGAAUGCAAAGUCGAAGGAGCUGUGCCUGCAGAUUUCAGAGGCCGGGGGAGCCUCGGAAGCUCUGCUGGCAACGGCGACCGUCCCUCUAGAUUUAUUUAAGAAGCAGCCUGCUGGGCCGCAGAGCUUUACGCUGACCAGCGGAUCCUCGCUGAACAGCUCGGUGUUGGGCUGGGUCUCGGCGGAGUUUUCUUAUACAGAACCUGGUGAAGCCAAGUCCUGGCAAAUUCCUCCGCCUGUCCCUGCCGCAAAAAUAGAGAAGGACCGCACGGUGAUGCCCUGUGGGACGGUGGUCACCACCGUGACGGCUGUGAAGACCAAGCCCCGCUUCGACGCCGGGAGGGCGUCCCCGCUGGGCUCAGAGUCUCCCCUGAAGACGCCCGUCAAGGUGAAGGUAAUCGAGAAGGACAUCUCGGUGCAUGCCGUUGCCUGCCGUGGAGCCCCGGUCAGCAAGACACUGUCCUCUUCCGACACAGAGCUGCUGGUGUUGAAUGGCUCUGACCCCGUGGCCGAAGUGGCCAUCCGGCAACUCAGCGAAUCUUCCAAGCUGAAGCUCAAGUCCCCGCGGAAGAAGAGCACCAUCAUCAUCUCGGGGGUCUCCAAGACCUCGCUCUCUCAGGACCACGACGCCGCCCUGAUGCUGGACUACGCGGCCUCCAUGGAUGGCCCCCCUCAGGAGGACCCCCCCUCCCAUCAGGGGGUGGUGGCAGCCCCCGCCCGGCUUGAGGAAGAGGCCCUGCUGGCCCUGGAGACCCAGGGGGACGACUUGGACCCCUGGGACCUGGAGAAGGAGCCCCAGGCCAUGGGGGCGUGGGGUGGCCAGGCCCCGCUGGACCCCGACGGGGACGAGCUGUCGGCGAGCUCCGUGAGCAUCUCAGAGCCGGGCGCUGCCAGGAAGCAUAAAGGGGGCGUGCUGAGGAAGAGCGCCAAGCUGUUCUUCCGCCGGCGGCAUCAGCAGAAAGACCCAGGCCUGAGCCAGUCCCACAACGACCUCGCCUUCCUGCAGCAGCCUGAGGGCGCCCGGAGGAGGGGCACCACCCUCGUCCGCAUCCUCAACAGGAAGCUGCUCUCCAAGCACAGAGGGAAGAGCGCCCUGAAUGGCACCCCCGUGGACCCCUGUGCGUAGGCCCGAGGCCACCCCCGCGGCUGCCCACCAGCCUGUGGCCAGAGCGCAGAUGGCCUGCCUCAUCCAGCCGGCUUUCCCCGGUGAUGUCACCUCUGGAAGGGGAAAGAAAUCUGAGACUACAGCCAGGGGGGUCCCCCAAAAUGAACUGACAAAGCCCCGUUCACCACCAGAAGCUGGAUGAGGCCACAGGGCUUGGCUGCUAGGUUAAGUGUGAAGGAGACUGACAUUAUGAACUGCUCGGCUGUGGGGGCAGCCUGGGGGCCUCGGCUGUACCCCCUCUGCCCUGGCCGGGAUGGCUUGGGGCCCACGCCUGGACGCGUCACCCAGCGGGGCAGCACCUCGUGCAUCCCUGUGAGGGGAGCGGAGGGUGUCCUCUCUCACCAGCUGCUCAGCGCCCAGGGCCCAGCUGCUCGGUGGCCUGCCCCCUCGGGGCGGUGGCUGGCGGGGUGCUGUCCAGGAGCAAGCGUUGCCGGAGGGAGCACUCUUCAAAUGUAGGAGGCGUUUGCCUUGAUAUUAGCCAUAUAACUUGAAGAAUUAUGCAAACACUACAUGUAUCCUAUGCAGGUGAUGCCCAGCACUUUCUGAGUUUACCUUGAGCCUACUUGCAGCGGGAGAAAUAGAAAUUCCGGUGCGGCCCCCACCUUCUCCCUGUCGCGGCCCGGGAGCGGGGGGCCCUCUCCUGCACAAGGUCGAGCAGCUGGUGCCCGGCCCUGGGGUGGCUCCGUGCCCGUGGCUUUUCUCCAGUCCAAGGUCGGUUUGCCCCAAAGUGCCAAUUACUGAGACAAGCACUUUCAGGGCAGAAGAGGACGUUAUUCUGUGUCUCAGGUGUCCGUGGGGAUGGAGGCCUCGAGACCAGUGGUUCACACGUGCAUCCAGUUCCGCCCAGCCGCCUGCCCGUCCUUGCGGCCCCUGGAGCAGUGCUCGCCGACCCGCCUGCCUGGUUCCAGGGGAGGAGGCCGGGAGCCCGACUGUGGAGUCCCCUGGGCCUCUCCAAGCCCCGCGGCCUCCUGCCGGCCCCCACCGCACUCCUCGCGCGUUGGCCGCCUGCCGCCCUCCACGGGGGGCAGCCUGGGAGGUGUGCCUGGCACGCGGCGUCGCGUCCGGGAGAAGCGUUUGGAUAGUUAAGAAGAUUCAUUUUCCUCCGCUAAGAUUUGAAAGGCCCUGAAGAGAAUUCGACUUUGUGGCAGAAGUGAAGUGGGGUGAGCCCCCCAACAAGCUCUCUGUUCAUCUUUAGCAAACAUGUGGUUCGGGGGGCACAGCCAUGAUGAGCCAAAAAGAGCCUUUAUGAAAACCAAAAUUAUGGCGCUUUUUCUUUUUUCUUUUUUUUUUGAGGGGGAGAUUGGAAAACUGCAUUGAGCAUUUAGCUUUUCAAUCCACGUGAAAAAAUUUGCAAGUGUCUCAGGAAUGAUCCAGUGAUUUAAAAAUGACUUUUCCACCAGACACUGUUUUUCAAGAUUGUAUUUCCACGUUAACCACCACAAACUCGCACCUGACUGCAAGACGACGUCGCGUCAGGAUCCCCUGCUGGGGGAUGGCCGCGUCUUUCCGCAUGGAGGGUGGCUCUGCGCAGCCUGAGACGUCAGAAAUUAAUUCUAGAGGGUUGUGGCAGAAUUUCAGGUGGCGUCAGACGUUUCCAGCCUGUUUGACUCAGUUUUGCUUGGUUUGAUUUUGAAAUUCAGACGGACUCUGUCAGGCGCGAGGCUGGCAGAGCUGCCAGGCGUUUCUCACCGGAGGAGCAAAGGCAGCUUCAGCCGCCCCAGGCCGCGCGCGAGCUGGCAUCCGCUCACCGCAUCUCACACCCCAGCCUCCUGGGGACCCACCACACCCUCCGGACCCAGGGAGGUGGAGGGGGGCCGCGCGUGUCCUGCGCGUGUGUGUGCGACGCCAGCCUGCUCCCCAGACGCCCCAGCCCCUCGUCCCUGACUCUUGUCUGGGAAGCCGCCUCGGCCACCCGGGCAGCUCCGGAGACCCUCUUGGGGCAGUGGGACUUUGAUGAGAAGUGAAGCCACUUUGGGCAAAGGCCGCCAUGCCCAGCCCCUCUCCGGCAGCUGCCCCGGCUGUGGGGCCCGCGGGGCUGCGUGAAGGCGGCACCCCCAAGCUGCACAUCGUGGCAGACGCAGCGCGGACCCAACUCAGCCGGAGCCGCUGUGCCCUUGCCUUGCCCCACGCGCGGCCCCGGCUCCCGGUGGCGACGCCGUGGCAGAGGGUCUCCGCGGCAGAGGGUCUCUGCGGGACGAUCCCCGUGAGCACCAACGUGCAUCUGGGCCAGGUGCUCACGUGGGCUUUCAGCACGCUUCCUCAGAGAUCCGCCCUUGAUCUUCCUGGAGGAGGAAACGGAGCUUUAAGUGUGAGUGUGUGCAUGUGUGCGCGUGUGUGGCGCGUGUGUGCGUGUGCACGCGUGUGCGUGUUGCGAUGCAGCAAUAACAAAGUGGCCCCUCUCCCCGUCCGGCUGAAAACCAGCAGCGAGGAAGACGGCUCCGACGCCACUUUAUCAAAGGCUCGAGUUUAAGUGCAAAGCCCGCCCGCCGCCUGCAGAUGGCUGCCUGCUCAGUCCCCGCCGACCUCGCGUGAUGGCACCGGCCACUUCCAGGGAGAAAGUCGCUCAUCUCCUUGCGCAGGAAGGGGAAGGUCCGUUGCGUAGCUGCCCCCGCACGCGGGGUUUUCUGGGCCGCAGCCUCACAGCGCAGGUGGCGGACGCUGGGAGUGGACAUUGACCUCCCGCCGGUGGAAAUGGGGCCCGGCCCGGCGUGGCCCUAAUGCCGGCCCCUCUGCACGCCCCACGCUUGCCGCGACAAGGCUCCCAAAGCGGAGACUCGGGCCGGCCGUGCAGCCCUCCGCGCUCGGGCCCCUCACCCUCCACGCCUGGGUCACCGGGAGGCCGGGAUGUGCCACUGACAAUUCAGGAAGGUUUGGGAUUUUCUUGCCCCGGGUCACAUCAAAGCUACCUUUUUAAAAAAAUGUUUUCUUUGUCUGGGGAAGGGUUGGGGGUUGGGGGCAAGCGUGGUGCGUUUCCAUGACGACGAUUGUAUUCCUCCUAGCACUUUAACACGGGGAGAGCCCUGCCCGCCCCCCCAGCGGAGCUCACCUGGCGGGAGCCCUGCUUGAACGGUCUUUGAAGAAAUAAACACUUGACGUGGAAC